AAAACUUACAAUGUCCAGAUAUAUACAUACAUUUUUUAUAUCAACAACAUUUAGCGAUGAUAAUUCGAUGUGUUUGAUGAAUCUGGUGGCAUCUGGUGAUACUGUCAGUGUCAAAUUUUCGGGAUAGAGUGAAAGAAAGCAGCAUCUGCAUGAAAGAGCAAGCAUCAAGGAAAAUGUUUAUGUAUAGAAUUAUCGCAUUUUUCAUAGUUCAUACAGUGAUUCCGGUAUAAUUAUUGGCGAGAAACAUUUAUAUUUGGUCAUUUAACACAUUUAAUCGAAAUAUAGAUUUUCUUGUAGAGGUCUGUAAUGUUCGUCCCUUACAUUACUCAAAACCUCUACGUAUCAUAUCUUUUGGUUAAUCCGGCAUCAUUUAAUGAUGAAAAGAGAUAUCAGGGAUCUAUCGUAUGGUUAAACAUGUGACAAUGGUUCGUUAAAAUCUUGUUGAAGGCCAACAGCCUCAAAGUAGUCUAAUAUUUUGUUUUUAUGCUAAGAGUUACAAAAAGAGAUAUAAAAUUUGUAAUACGUGUACUUCGAUAAAAACCUCCUGUAGAACGCAUUGAGUACUGAUUAAAGGGAUGUAACUCUUGUUAGAAGGUGCGUAUGACAACACGUAUUAUGCAUUAUUGCCUUGAGGCAAUAUGGAAAGACUGUAGUUGUCGAGGGAUUGCAUAGUGCCGGAGAGAUACAGACGAAGUACUAUUUCGUCCCGAAAAAGAAGGCAGCAUUUUUAGUAUAUAUAUUCAACUGAAUAUUUCACCACCGGAGAACCUGUCAGUUAAAGCCAUUUUCGCUACCGGCUUAAUCAUCACGUCAUUAUAAAGAUUAACGUUCAACGUCGCACAAAAGUUGCUCAGGAAAGAUGGUUAUCUCAUUGUACGCAUGUGUGCAUCGUCGGUAGCCCACGGCCCUGUCACUCAAGGAGAGAGACCGUGUGAUGAUUAGUACACUUUUCGUCGUUUGCCGAAAAAAUAUUUCUUUUUAAGUUUUGACUAAUCAGAAAACCGGUGGUUCGGGUUCAACUAUUCGGUAGACUCCACGGAUUAACUUUCGAUAGAGAAAGAACAGUUUUAGAUAUAUAAUUUUGAAAGACAUUGUCCUUAUUAUGAAAAACACUGUCGUUUUAUGAAAAACAAGAUGUUUAUUGACCAUUAAGUGUGCUGCCCCAUGACGGGGAUCCUCAAAAUAAGAUGGUCCGUGAUUUUCGGGACCAUGGUUACCGGCGCGUCAAUUGGACGUUUGCAUUCUGUCAUGCAAUUUACUAAAUAUAGCUCGUCAAGAGGCGACCAGUUCUAUUUAAAUAGCAUAAGUAUGUUUGUGACCAGUGGACAUACAACCCGUAAUGACAUGAAAUUACAAAAGUGGCUGAUAGAAAGACAAAACAAAGAGCAAUUUAACUCAAACGAACAAACUACGUCAUACAAUGCCGCUAUAUUGUACCGGGAGAUGGCAUGCAAUUAUUCCUUUGUCAUGUCAAUUCAUUGAAAUUCAUAAAGAUUCCCGGAAUUUGCCUCCAUCAUCAUAUGGCGGUUUUAAAUGACUAGAAAAACACUAUUUUGAUAUUGAUUUGUCAGUAUCCCGGAUUAUAAAAUGGGAUUAGGUUUUAAAAAUAUAAGUCGAUACAUAUGAACAGAAUUGCAAUUCUACAAUACAUAGCAGCUGUAACAUUUGUAUGUGAACCCCGAUUAUGCCGAUGGUAACAUAAGUGUUUAUGUAAAUGUCAAUGACACAUCAAAAUAACUGAAGAUAUACUGUUUGUCUAUGAAAUUUAUCAAGUCGAAAUGGUGAAAUGCCUUUUAAAAUAUCUCUAUGCUACAUGUAUUUCCAUAAUACUUUUGAUUGAGCUGAUUCUCAUCAAGGUCCUGCUAAUGGAUAGACCGGAAAACAACCUCAGUAAAGCAGAGAUAAGAGAUGGAACGAAAGUGGGACAUGUAUUGCAGAGUCGAAUAUUGGAAAUAUCCCCACAUGAAAAUAACUCCCUUCAUCCGGGUAUGAUAUACACAGCGAGAAGAGAACGAAUGCUAAAAGCAUGUGCCGCUCUCGGAACACGAUCGAACUCAACAAGCUACGUAAGAAAUAACGUAAUUAUCGAUCGGCCAUUGGGUAUCGCUUACUGCCCUGUGGAAAAGAUAGCUUCCACGUUCUGGAGACGAACUAUGAGGAUUGUGGUUGGUCAGUCUCGCGCUAAGUCACCAUUUGCCAAGUCUGUUAAAGCAUUUGAUGCAUUCUACACACUACGUAGCUUAGAGGAUUCAAUGAUUGACAGAUUUAUGAAAAAGUCGCUGACCUUUAUGUUUGUCCGAGACCCAUAUAGCCGUCUCUUUUCGGCGUACGUUGACAAACUUGUGUCACCGAACUGUGAUUACUGGAAAGGAACAGGUGCGUUUGGAAUACGGUUAUUUCGGAAUAACGCUAAGGAAGUUGAUAAGAAAUGUGGCCAUGAUAUAACAUUUCGUGAGUUUGUGAAAACAGUCAUUUAUUUUGAGGAACAUGAACCGUUUUCGAAAAGAAAUGUCCAUUUCACCCCGACAUUCGAACAUUGUGAUCCAUGUCGCUAUCAAUGGCAUUUGAUAGGGAAGUUGGAAACUUUCACUUCAGAUGUGUUCCAUAUUCUAGAUCGUAUGUCUAGAGCGGAUAUAAAGCGGUCACUUGAGAUAAACUUUAAAGCACAGUAUUUACACUACACAAUACGAGACCAAUGUAACUGGUUAUUUCAUUUCAGAAAGCAUUACAUAACCGAUUGUAAUAUAACAUUUUCAUCAGGCCCAAAAACGACUAUGGAGACAAUUACAGAUCCGUGGUAUCAUCAGAAGACAAUUGAUUUAUCCCAUCUCGGCAGCACAGAGGAAAGUAUAAAGAAACACGAACUAAUCCAGGUGGUGUAUAAUGCAAUGGGAGAUGCGAGUGAUCGUUCAGAAGCAGUACGUAACAGAAAAGAUGCAUUUUUAGAGGCUUAUUCAACAGUAGAUAUGGAUGACUUGAUAAAAUUGAGUAAAAUUUUCCGGGUUGAUUGUGAACUGUUUGGUUAUGACUGUAAGCCUGAUAGACUGUUUGAUAUGAGAAGAACUGUGAGUAAGCAGUCGUUCUUUGCUUGAUCAUCAAUAAUACCAAGGCUUUCUAAACAUUGAACGGUUAUAAAAACAGAAUAAAAGAGUAUUUUACCCAGGUUA